UUUUUCUUUUUCUUUUUUUUUCAUACUUUUUUUUAUAGUGUUAUGGAAAAAAGACCCCGGAAACAUCCUGCUUCGUCUUACGAUGGUACUGACUUGCUUCAAAUCACACGAGAAAACUGGGCUAUUCCUAUUCCUUUGAUACGUGGGGAUAUUGAACUUUUGAUACAAACUUUUAUGGCUCAAGAACAACAUACUUAUCAAGUAUUUACAACUAUUUGGUCUCAACUCGAAUUUGAUCAUAUUCACUUUGCUUGUCUUUACAAAGAUAGUCGUGAAACUUUUAUGAAUCAUCUCUACGACGCUGUCUUUGACUAUUUGGACGUUAAUAUUGAUCAAACAAAAAUGGGUGUGAUCUAUGCUCUUUACUAUUUGUUUAUCACUCAACCUACACCUUGGCCCAUUCAUGGUAUUCGUGUUGAUAAAGAUAGAUGGAUUCAUCUUUUUGAUUUUUACAUCUAUUGUUGCCGUAUGGAGUCAAAAGAAUAUGCUCAAGCUGCCAUGAUUUUUAGACGAUUAAAAGAUGAUCUUCAUGCGUUUGUCUUUGUCGCAGAUCAUCGAUUGGAUGAUCUUAAUGUGAUGGAAAAAAAAGAAAAAGAGGCUUCUCUCAAACUUAUUGAAGAAUUCCAUGAUUUACAACAAAGAAGAUUCAAAGAUGAUGCAACAGCCACAUGUUUUGAUGAAGUAACGGCUGAUAUUGGAUCAGUAGUGGAAUUGUAUGAAAAAAUGAAGAGACGGGCAUGUAUAACACCACAAGCGACAUUGGCUACACAAACCUGGAUCAAGGAUACGAUGAAUAUCAAUGAAACGAAUCGGGAAAAAUUACAAAAUGUCAUGAUGAAAGGGGUACUGGCGUCUAAAGAUACAAUGUUUUAUACUACUUUGCAACAAGCAGGAAGAAAAAUGUGGAAAGAACAUGCGUUGCAUGGAUUACACGAUACAGAUGUUUUACUACCUUACCCAAUGAUACGUCGAUCUCCAGCUGAACGACAGCAAACCCGACGGAAAAAUCGAGAUGGAUUACAACAAGAUGCUGGCUCAUCCUCCGUUCCAUGAUAUUUCGUUAUUAUUUUGGUGACACAUUUGAUUCAUCCUUCCCAUUCAUUUUUAGAUACCCAUUUAUACAUAUUACACAAAAAAAAAAUAGUUUUGAUAGUUAAUAAAAUUGAUAUUUAUCUUGAUUCUA